AUGUCUUUUAUGAAAAAUGAACAAGAUAUCCGCUCUCAGGGCGUUUACUAUAGUGCUGGGCUAAGAGAUUAUUUAACUAAGGUAUAUAAUUACAUGGCUUUAGCUCUUGGGGUUACGGGAUUCGUUGCAUUCUUUAUUGUAUCUUCUGGUUUGUUCCAAGUAAUACAUUCUAGUCCCAUGUUAUCACUCAUGGUAACGUUCUCUCCAAUUAUGCUGGUAUUUUUCAUGUAUUAUAAGCUUCCGCAACUUAGCGUUCAAUCCACGAUUAUCAUAUUUUUCGCGUUUUCAACCUUAAUGGGCGUCUCUCUGUCGUAUGUUUUUAUAAAGUAUACUGCAGCAAAUAUAACAAGAUCAUUUUUUAUUACAGCGAUAAUGUUCGGUUCUAUGGCUUUAUAUGGUAAUAGCACAAAAAGGGACUUAACAAGUAUGGGUUCUUUCUUAGUCAUGGGAGUUUGGGGAUUAAUUAUUGCGUCUCUGGUGAACUUAUUCCUUGGAAGUAGUUCGCUAUAUUUUGCAGUAUCGUUUGUAUCAGUGAUAGUAUUUACAUUAAUGACCGCAUAUGAUGCCCAAAGAAUCAAAGAUGUUUAUUAUAGGUUCAAUGAUGGGUCGGACGUUGCAACUACAAAGUUAGCAAUACUAGGUGCAACCAGUCUUUAUUUCGACUUUAUCAACAUAUUUCUCAAUUUACUCAGGGUACUAAACCUGCUUAAUAAUAGAGAUUAA